CUCCGUGACACGCGCCAAGCCCGGAAGAGGCGCGGGCUGGGAACGGAGCUCAGCUUCAGGCUGUCGGUCCUCAUGGCGUUGUGGCGCGGCUCUGCGUACGCAUGUUUCCUGGCGCUGGCCGUGGGCUGCGUCUUCUUGCUGGAGCCGGAGCUGCCGGGCUCGGCGCUACGCUCUCUGUGGAGCUCGCUGCGGCUGGGGCCCGCGCCCGCGCUCCAGGGACCCACCUCCCCUGAGGGUCGGCUGGCGGCCGCCUGGGACGCACUCAUCGUGCGGCCGGCCCGGCGCUGGCGCCGUGUGGCCGUGGGAGUCAACGCCUGUGUGGAUGUGGUACUCUCAGGAGUGAAGCUCUUGCAGGCACUGGGCCUGAGUCCUGGGAAUGGGAAGGAUCAUGCCAUCCUGCACUCAAGGAAUGAUCUCAAGGAAGCCUUCAUUCACUUCAUGGAGAAAGGAGCAGCUGCUGAGCGCUUCUUCAGUGAUAAGGAAGUUUUUCACGACAUUGCCCAGAUUGCAUCAGAGUUCCCAAAAGCCCAGCACUAUGUAGGAGGAAAUGCAGCUUUAAUUGGACAGAAAUUUGCAACCAACUCAGAUUUAAAGGUUCUUCUCUGUGGUCCAGUUGGUCCAAAGCUGCAUGAACUUCUUGAUGAUAAUGUAUUUGUUCCGCCAGAAUCAUUGCAGGAAGUGGAUGAGUUCCACCUCAUUUUGGAGUACCAAGCAGGGGAGGAGUGGGGCCAGUUAAAAGCUCCAAAUGCCAACCGAUUCAUCUUCUCUCACGACCUCUCCAACGGGGCCAUGAAAAUGCUGGAGGUGUUUGUGUCUAGCCUGGAGGAGUUUCAGCCCGACCUGGUGGUCCUCUCUGGAUUGCACAUGAUGGAGGGACAGAGCAAGGAGCUUCAGAGGAGGAGACUCUUGGAGGUUGUCACCUCCAUUUCUGAUAUCCCCACGGGUGUUCCCGUGCACCUUGAGCUUGCCAGUAUGACCAACAGGGAGCUCAUGAACAACAUUGUGCACCAGGUCUUUCCUGUGGUGACCUCCCUGGGGCUGAAUGAACAGGAGCUGUUGUUUCUCAGCCAGUCGGCAUCUGGACCUCACUCAUCUCUCUCGUCCUGGAAUGGGGUUCCUGAUGUGGGCAUGGUCAGUGACAUCCUCUUUUGGAUCUUGAAAGAGCAUGGAAGAAGCGAGAACAGAGCCUCAGACCUCACCAGGAUCCACUUCCACACGCUGGUCUACCAUAUCCUGGUAACCGUGGACGGACACUGGGCCAACCAGCUGGCAGCUGUGGCUGCUGGGGCCCGCGUGGCUGGGACACAGGCCUGCGCCACAGAAACCAUAGAUGCCGGCCGAGUGUCUCUGCAGGCACCCCAUGAGUUCACCACGUCCCACUCAGAGGCGGGCUCCAGGAUCGUAUUAAACCCGAACAAGCCAGUAGUAGAGUGGCACAGAGAGGGGGUAUCCUUCCACUUCACACCAGUCUUGGUUUGCCAAGACCCUGUUAGAACUGUGGGCCUUGGAGAUGCCAUUUCAGCUGAAGGACUCUUCUACUCUGAAGUUCACCCUCACUAA